GCCCGGAAACUGAGAUCUCUCAUUUUCGAGCUUUGGUUCCUUCUCUUUCUCCUUCUUUAGAGAGUUUAUUCUCAGUAUUUAGAUAGGAAAAUGUCUAGUAUUCGCGACAUAGCCUCCAGAAAUCCUUUUGGUGUCCCACCAACCAAGAGAAACUUCUCUGCAGCAGCUCCUUCUGACCAAUACAGUUGUGAAUUUGGUUCUGCGAAGUAUUACGCUUUGUGUGGGUUUGGAGGGAUAUUGAGCUGUGGAAUAACCCACACGGUCGUAGUACCACUGGAUUUAGUGAAAUGUAGAAUACAAGUUGACCCUGCAAAGUAUGGUAAUAUAUUCAAUGGCUUUAAAGUCACGAUUAAAGAAGACGGGUUCAGGGGACUCGCCAAAGGCUGGGCUCCCACAUUUAUCGGCUAUUCUAUGCAAGGAUUGUGCAAGUUUGGGUUCUACGAAGUAUUUAAAAUAUUCUACGGAAACCUUUUGGGAGAAGAGAGGACUUAUUUAUAUCGUACCAGUUUGUAUCUUGCUGCCAGUGCUAGUGCUGAGUUCUUUGCUGACAUUGCUUUAUCUCCAAUGGAGGCAGUUAAAGUCCGCAUACAGACACAGCCAGGCUGGGCCAACACUCUUAGAGAAGGCGUACCUAAAUUAUAUGCACAGGAAGGACUUUCUGGGUUUUAUAAGGGACUGCCCCCAUUAUGGUUGAGACAGAUUCCAUACACAAUGAUGAAGUUUGCUGCCUUUGAAAGAACCAUAGAGUUCCUAUACAAACACGUAGUACCUGUACCAAGAGACCAGUUGAGUAAGCCAAAGCAGUUGGUGGUUACAUUUAUAGGAGGAUACAUUGCUGGUGUAUUCUGUGCUGUUGUUAGUCAUCCUGCUGACACUGUCGUCUCCAAACUUAACUCUGACGUUGGUAGCACUGCUAUUCAGGCUGCUAGGGAUCUAGGAAUGAGAGGGUUAUGGAAGGGCUUGGGCCCCAGGAUACUUAUGAUUGGUACAUUGACUGCUCUGCAGUGGUUCAUCUAUGAUUCGGUUAAAGUCUAUUUCCGUCUGCCACGCCCUCCUCCACCCGAGAUGCCAGAAUCAUUGAAAAGAAAAUUAGAGCAAAAACAAUAAAUGAAACUGCUGAGUAUUAUACCUUUUGCUCUCUCUCUCGCUCUCUCACCCUUUGCUUAGAAAAUAAUAACCAAUUAUUAUUAUUAUUGAGUGAUUGUAGUAUUAUUUAUUAUUGAAAAAUAUUACAUUAUAAAUGA